AUGGCUCUAAGGCCGCCACCUGGUCGUUUGGCCCCUGCUCUUGCUUGGAAAUCAGCCGACGUACAGGUUACGCCAAGAAACGGCCUCAGUAUCUUGCUUUGGUAUGGCACGGUGUACUUGGUCUACACCGAGACGGUGCAAGAUUUGCUGCUCAACGCGGUAGCUCUGAAGUUUGUCCUCGAGGUGGCCGAGCUCUUGUUUGAAGCCUUCGCCCCGCGCCGAUCACGAUCGUUCAUCGGCAAUUUGCGGCCCUUAAACUUGGAGUUGGCCGGUGCAAGCCAUACGGAUUGCUUGAUGCCAGUGAUCUACUUGGCAGCGCUGGUGGGCUUCAUGGCAGUGGCGGUGUACGUGCUGAUGUUGCCCUCCUUGGAAGCCCGUGAAACCACCUGGGAAGGCCUUUGUGGUGGCAACAAGAACUUUGCCGUGGCCACCGAUGGCUUGGGCCGGCUCCACUGGAGCAUCACGAACCCCUUCACUGAGCUGGAUGAGUCCGACAGCGACACCUACGUGCACCGCGCCACGGAGUCCCUCAUCAGGAACUUGGACGUGAAUCCCUAUUCGCCCAUGACCAUCUACGACCCCUCCUUCGACCACCUGCGGAACGUGGUUCAGGAGCAGACGGUGAUCGAGGCCGGUGCCUCCCGGAACUGUGCCGAUGCCGACAGUGACGCCGGUCCUGACUACUGGUCCAACAUGGGUGUCGGGAUCCUGCGCAUGGCGUGCCACAACGAUCAGAUCAACCAAUGCGCAGAUGUGAAACCCUACUGUCGCAACGUCUCCCUGGGCGGGCUGCGAAGUCGCCAGUGGUGCCCCGAGACCUGCGGCUGCUCAGAUAUCUUGUCAGGGCUGUUGCUUGACAGGGUCCAGAAUGGUUGCCCUGCCACCUGCGUUCAAAAGCUCCGUGGAGAUGCCAACACGGUGCAAUGUGCCGAUGCCCCGCUCAACUUCACCCAGGUCUACGCACGAGGUGCGCAAAUCCUUUUUACGCAGAAGGGCUACAACUCCCCACAGCUCGCGGCCUUGGCCAAGAAGAUGGAGACCCAGGGCUGCCCAGCGAUCGCGCACGGUGACGUCGCCGGCAAAGACUUGUGUGUGGGCAACAGUGUGCUGCUGACCACGAUUUACUUCCGCUCUGUGAAGUAUGUGUGCCCAGUGGCCUGUGGCUGCGACGGCAGCGGGUUGCCCGGGCAGAAGCGGGAUCUCGCCACGGUGAGCAGUGUCGAGUCAGGCUUCCGCCUCUCAGGCGACAUUUGCGAAGGUCAAGGCUGGUUGAACGAUACCAAGUUCGCGCCCCACGGGAACUCCGGCAACGGUGCGCCCGUCUUUUUGUCCGAAGAAGGUGCUGUCUACUUGUAUCAUGGUCCUUGUGAAGCGGGGGGGCAGCGGCAUUCGGUGGUUUCUGAGCCCCACCUUGUGCAAUCCCGGCUACUACAUGGCCUACAUCACCUCGCAGGAUCCGACCAGGCCUCCGCAAAAUGGCGAUUGGUUCAUGGACUGCCGCUCUGCGGGCUGGAAGAGGGUAUCGCUCCUCUUCUCACCCAUUAUCCAGGCAGCUGUGCCGGGGAAUAUCUUCGACCGGGUCAACAAGACCAUUCAGCUCACUUCAGAUCUGUGCGAAGCACGGGAAAACCUCGUGAACGAUGUCUUCCAACUUCAAGGUGA